AUGGCGAAACACCAAAGUUUCUUCAUUAUAUUUAUUACAUUUGUUACUAUUUUUUUAGUAGAAACAUAUGAAAGUAAAAAGGUUGAAGAAAAUUUGGCUGCCCAGGGAUGGAUAAAUGCUCGUGCUACAUUUUAUGGUGACAUGGGGGGUGGUGGAACUAUGCAGGGAGCUUGUGGUUAUGGAGAUUUAUUCAAGCAAGGGUAUGGCCUGGAAACAACAGCACUAAGCACAGCACUCUUUAACAAAGGAUCUACCUGUGGAGCUUGCUUUCAAAUAAUGUGUGUGAAUGCUCCUAAAGCAUGCCAUCCAGGCCAAGUCAUAACUGUAACUGCCACCAAUUUCUGCCCUCCAAAUUACACAAAAACUAAAGACGUUUGGUGCAAUCCUCCACAACAACACUUUGAUCUGACAAUGCCUAUGUUCAUAAAGAUUGCAGAGCAAAAUGCAGGGGUUGUACCAGUUGUUUAUAGAAGAGUUACUUGCCAGAAAAAAGGAGGUCUCAAGUUUGAGAUCAAUGGGAAUUCUAAUUGGAUUCUUCUUCUUGUUUUCAAUGUGGGAGGUGUUGGAGAUGUUGUCAAUGUUAAGAUCAAAGGAUCUAAGACUGGAUGGCUACCAAUGAAGCGGAAUUGGGGACAAAAUUGGCAGGCUUCUGUGCAGUUGGCAGGACAAACCUUGUCUUUCCAAGUACAAACUAGCGAUGGCAAAUUGGUUCAAUCUGAUAAUGUUGCUCCUGCUAACUGGCAAUUUGGUCAGACAUUUGAAGCCAAGAAUAAUUUUUAG